AUGUCUCGCGUUCUUGUUGGAGUUAAAAGAGUUAUUGAUUACGCUGUGAAAAUUAGGGUCAAGCCUGAUAAAUCUGGUGUUGUUACUGAUGGGGUGAAACACUCAAUGAACCCUUUCGACGAAAUUGCUGUUGAGGAAGCAGUCAGAAUGAAAGAGAAGAAACUAGCGAAGGAAGUUAUUGCUGUAUCUUGUGGACCCGCACAAGCCCAGGAAACACUUCGGACAGCACUGGCUAUGGGUGCAGAUAGAGCAAUCCAUGUAGAAGUAGCUGGUGCCGAGUAUGAAACAUUGCAGCCAAUACAUGUGGCUAAGAUCCUGGCAAAAAUAUCACAAGAUGAGAAGGCAGAUUUAGUCAUAGUGGGAAAGCAGGCAAUUGAUGAUGACUCCAACCAAACAGCACAGAUGACAGCAGCAUUACUCGACUGGCCUCAAGGAACUUUUGCAUCGAAGGUAGAAAAAUCAGAUGCCGGUCUGACAGUAACUCGCGAAAUCGAUGGUGGGUUAGAAGUCAUCAAGACCAAAGUUCCUGCUGUACUCAGUGCUGACCUUAGACUUAAUGAGCCAAGAUAUGCCACACUUCCUAAUAUUAUGAAAGCCAAAAAGAAGCCCAUGAAGAAAGUGUCAGCUAAAGAUCUUGGAGUUGAUUUAGCUCCCAGAAUUAAGGUCAUCAGUGUAGAAGACCCGCCAGUGAGACAAGCUGGCUCAGUUGUACCAGACGUAGAUACUCUUGUUGCAAAGCUAAAAGAAGGUGGACAUGUGUAA